UUUUGUCCCCUCGCAGUGCAGAUGGUCGGGCUGUGAGGUGCGGCUGCUGCCCACGCCGCCCUCAGAGGGUCACCCGGGAGGGAACUCUCGGCGCCGCCUUCGCCCACCCCGCACCCCCGCAGCGGCGGCGGCUCUUCCACCAGGGGGCGCUCCGCUGUCUCCGCAGCCCCUCGCAGCGUACCCGCCCCUCCCUGGCUCCCCUGUGACUGGCCGGUCGUCCCUAGCUCUGCACUCUGAUUGGUUGCUUCCUGCGUCAGUCAGGGCCGCUGGGCGGGAGGAGGUGACGCGCGGCGCCCUGGCUCCGGGCGGUGCCCGUCGCCGGCCGCUGCGGGCGGAGUUUCUCGAGCCGCGACGCUGGGCAGUCAGACGGCCGCGGUCCCGGGAGGCGUCCGCGCGGGCUGUAGCCGCUGUCAGUUCCUUGCCGCCGCCGCUCUCGAUGCUUGGCCGGGUCGCUGCGUGAUGGCGCGGCGGAGCGGCGCUGUGCGGUUGGCGGCGGCCGCGUCUCGCGCUGAGGAAACUUGAUAUAACUUCAGACGAAGAUUUGAUUCCUCAUUUCUGGAUUGCGUGCAUCACAAGGCCAGCAGGAUGUCGGGAGCCUCAGUGAAGGUGGCUGUCCGAGUGCGGCCCUUCAAUUCUCGGGAGACCAGCAAGGAGUCCAAGUGCAUCAUUCAGAUGCAGGGCAACUCGACCAGUAUUGUUAACCCAAAGAACCCAAAGGAAGCACCAAAGUCUUUCAGCUUUGACUACUCCUACUGGUCUCACACCUCGCCUGAAGAUCCUUGCUUUGCAUCUCAAAACCGUGUGUACAAUGACAUUGGGAAGGAAAUGCUCUUACACGCCUUUGAGGGCUAUAACGUCUGUAUUUUUGCCUAUGGGCAGACUGGUGCUGGGAAAUCUUACACAAUGAUGGGUAAACAGGAAGAAAGCCAGGCUGGCAUCAUUCCACAGCUGUGUGAAGAGCUCUUUGAGAAGAUCAAUGACAACUGUAAUGAAGAGAUGUCUUACUCUGUGGAGGUGAGCUACAUGGAAAUUUACUGUGAGAGAGUGCGAGAUUUGCUGAACCCAAAAAACAAGGGUAACUUGCGUGUACGAGAACACCCACUUCUUGGACCCUACGUGGAGGACCUGUCGAAGUUGGCGGUCACCUCUUACACAGACAUUGCUGACCUCAUGGAUGCUGGGAACAAAGCCAGGACAGUGGCAGCUACAAACAUGAAUGAAACAAGUAGCCGUUCCCACGCUGUGUUCACUAUUGUUUUCACGCAGAAGAAACAUGACUCGGAGACCAACCUUUCCACUGAGAAGGUUAGUAAAAUCAGCUUGGUGGACCUAGCAGGAAGUGAACGUGCUGAUUCAACUGGUGCCAAAGGAACUCGAUUAAAGGAAGGAGCAAAUAUUAAUAAGUCUCUUACAACUUUGGGGAAAGUCAUUUCAGCCUUGGCAGAAGUGGAUAACUGCACCAGCAAGAGUAAGAAGAAGAAGAAAACUGAUUUCAUCCCUUACAGGGAUUCUGUACUUACUUGGCUUCUUCGGGAAAAUCUAGGUGGGAAUUCUCGGACUGCAAUGGUUGCUGCUCUGAGCCCAGCAGACAUCAACUACGAUGAGACUCUGAGCACCCUGAGAUAUGCAGAUCGUGCGAAACAAAUUAAAUGUAAUGCUGUCAUCAAUGAGGACCCCAAUGCCAAACUGGUUCGUGAGUUAAAGGAGGAAGUGACACGGCUGAAGGACCUUCUUCGUGCUCAGGGACUGGGAGACAUUAUUGAUAUUGAUCCAUUGAUCGAUGAUUACUCUGGAAGUGGAGGCAAAUAUCUGAAAGAUUUUCAGAACAAUAAACAUAGAUACUUGCUAGCCUCUGAGAAUCAACGCCCUGGCAAUUUCUCCACAGCGUCCAUGGGGUCCCUUACUUCAUCUCCAUCUUCCUGCUCACUCAGUAGUCAGGUGGGCCUGACAUCUGUGAGCAGCAUUCAGGAGCGGAUCAUGUCUACACCCGGUGGAGAGGAGGCCAUCGAGCGUCUGAAGGAAUCGGAGAAGAUCAUUGCUGAGUUGAAUGAAACCUGGGAAGAGAAGCUUCGAAAAACAGAAGCCAUCAGAAUGGAGAGAGAGGCCUUGUUGGCUGAGAUGGGCGUGGCCAUUCGGGAGGAUGGAGGAACGCUGGGAGUUUUCUCACCUAAAAAGACCCCACAUCUUGUUAACCUCAACGAAGACCCGCUGAUGUCUGAAUGCCUCCUUUAUUACAUCAAAGAUGGAAUUACAAGGGUUGGCCAAGCCGAUGCUGAGCGGCGCCAGGACAUCGUGCUGAGUGGGGCCCACAUUAAAGAGGAGCACUGCAUCUUCAGGAGUGAGAGGAACAACAGUGGUGAAGUUAUUGUGACUCUGGAGCCCUGUGAGCGCUCGGAAACCUAUGUGAAUGGCAAGAGGGUAGCCCAGCCUGUUCAGCUCCGCUCAGGAAAUCGUAUCAUCAUGGGUAAAAACCAUGUUUUUCGAUUUAACCACCCGGAGCAAGCACGGGCUGAGCGGGAGAAGACUCCUUCUGCUGAGACCCCCUCUGAGCCUGUGGACUGGACAUUUGCCCAGAGAGAGCUCCUGGAGAAACAAGGGAUCGAUAUGAAACAGGAGAUGGAAAAAAGGCUACAGGAAAUGGAGAUCCUUUACAAAAAGGAAAAGGAGGAAGCAGAUCUUCUGUUGGAGCAGCAGAGACUGGACUAUGAGAGUAAGUUGCAGGCCUUGCAGAAGCAGGUGGAGACCCGAUCCCUGGCUGCAGAAACAACUGAAGAGGAAGAAGAGGAGGAAGAAGUUCCUUGGACACAGCAUGAAUUUGAGUUGGCCCAGUGGGCCUUCCGGAAGUGGAAGUCCCACCAGUUCACUUCCUUACGGGACUUGCUCUGGGGCAAUGCCGUGUACCUGAAGGAGGCCAAUGCCAUCAGCGUGGAGCUGAAGAAGAAGGUGCAGUUCCAGUUUGUUCUGCUGACUGACACACUGUACUCCCCGUUGCCGCCUGAGCUGCUUCCCACCGAGAUGGACAAGACUCAUGAGGACAGGCCCCUGCGUCGCACAGUGGUGGCCGUGGAAGUCCAGGAUCUGAAGAACGGAGCGACACAUUACUGGUCUCUGGAGAAACUUAAGCAGAGGCUGGAUUUGAUGCGAGAGAUGUAUGACAGGGCAGGUGAGAUGGCCUCCAACACCCAAGACGAAAGCGAAGCCACUAUGACCGGCAGUGAUCCCUUCUAUGAUCGGUUCCACUGGUUCAAACUUGUGGGAAGCUCCCCCAUUUUCCACGGCUGUGUGAAUGAGCGCCUUGCCGACCGCACACCCUCCCCUACUUUUUCCACGGCUGACUCCGACAUCACUGAGCUGGCUGACGAGCAGCAAGAUGAGAUGGAGGAUUUUGAUGAUGAGGCAUUCGUGGAUGACACCGGCUCUGACGCAGGGACGGAGGAGGGAUCUGAUCUCUUCAGUGACGGGCAUGACCCGUUUUACGACCGGUCCCCUUGGUUCAUUUUAGUGGGAAGGGCAUUUGUGUACCUGAGCAAUCUGCUGUACCCUGUGCCCCUGAUCCACAGGGUAGCCAUCGUCAGCGAGAAGGGCGAGGUGCGGGGAUUUCUGCGUGUGGCAGUCCAGGCCAUUGCAGCGGAUGAAGAAGCUCCGGAUUAUGGCUCUGGAAUUCGACAGUCAGGAACGGCUAAAAUAUCUUUUGAUAAUGAGUACUUUAAUCAGAGUGACUUUUCUUCGGUUGCAAUGACUCGUUCUGGUCUGUCCUUGGAGGAGCUGAGGAUUGUGGAAGGGCAGGGUCAGAGUUCUGAGGUCAUCACUCCUCCAGAGGAAAUCAAUCGCAUGAAUGACCGGGAUUUGAAGGCAGGCACUUUGCUGGAUGGUAAGAUGGUGAUGGAAGGGUUUUCCGAAGAAAUUGGCAACCACCUGAAGCUGGGCAGCGCCUUCACCUUCCGAGUGACAGUGCUGCAGGCCAGUGGGAUCCUCCCGGAGUACGCAGAUAUCUUCUGUCAGUUCAACUUCUUGCAUCGCCAUGAUGAAGCAUUCUCCACUGAACCCCUCAAAAACAAUGGUAGAGGAAGUCCCCUGGGCUUUUACCAUGUGCAGAAUAUUGCCGUGGAGGUCACAGAGUCAUUUGUGGACUACAUCAAAACCAAGCCUAUUGUAUUUGAAGUCUUUGGGCAUUAUCAGCAGCACCCACUUCAUCUGCAGGGACAGGAGCUUAGCAGUCCGCCUCAGCCUUCCCGACGAUUCUUCCCUCCGCCCAUGCCACUCUCCAAGCCAGUUCCAGCCACCAAGUUAAACACCAUGAGCAAAACCAGCCUUGGCCAGAGCAUGAGCAAGUAUGACCUCUUGGUUUGGUUUGAGAUCAGUGAACUGGAGCCUACCGGAGAGUACAUCCCGGCUGUGGUUGACCAUACUGCAGGCUUGCCCUGCCAGGGGACGUUUUUGCUUCACCAGGGCAUCCAGCGGAGGAUCACGGUGACCAUUAUCCACGAGAAGGGGAGCGAGCUCCACUGGAAAGAUGUCCGGGAGCUGGUGGUUGGCCGCAUUAGAAAUAAACCCGAGGUGGAUGAAGCCGCGGUUGACGCCAUCCUCUCCCUAAACAUCGUCUCUGCCAAGUACCUGAGGGCUUCGCACAGCUCCAGCAGGAUCUUCUACCGCUUCGAAGCCGUGUGGGACAGCUCCCUGCACAACUCCCUUCUCCUGAACCGCGUGACGCCCUGCGGGGAGAAGAUCUACAUGACCCUGUCCGCCUACCUGGAGCUGGACCACUGCAUCCAGCCCGCGGUCAUCACCAAGGACGUGUGCAUGGUCUUCUAUUCCCGAGACGCCAAGAUCUCGCCACCACGCUCUCUGCGCAGCCUCUUUGGCAGUGGCUACUCGAAGUCCCCAGACUCGCAUGCAGAGGAGGCGGAGGAAAGUGCUGGACACGUCGGUGGCCUACGUGCGCGGGGAGGAGAACCUGGCGGGCUGGCGGCCCCGCGGGGACAGCCUCAUCCUGGAGCACCAGUGGGAGCUGGACAAGCUGGAGCUGCUGCACGAGGUGGAGAAAACUCGACACUUCCUGCUGCUGCGUGAGAGACUUGGUGACAGCGUCCCCAAAUCCCUGAGUGACUCGCUGUCCCCCAGCCUCAGUAGCGGGACCCUCAGCACCUCCACCAGCAUCUCCUCGCAGAUCUCAACCACCACCUUUGAAAGCGCCAUCACCCCCAGCGAGAGCAGCGGCUAUGACUCAGCGGACAUCGAGAGCCUGGUGGACCGGGAGAAAGAGCUGGCCACCAAGUGCCUGCAGCUGAUCACCCACACCUUCACCCGGGAGUUCAGCCAGCUGCACGGCAGCAUCAGUGACUGCAAGUUGUCUGAUAUCUCUCCAAUGGGACAGGAUCCCUCUGUGUCCAGUUUCAGCAGUGCCACCCUCACCCCAUCCUCCACGUGCCCCUCUCUGGUCGACUCCAGGAGCAGCUCUGUGGAUCAGAAGACCCCGGAAGCCAGUUCCCGGGCCUCCAGUCCCUGCACGGAGUUUGAACAGUUUCAGAUCGUCCCAGCUGUGGAGACACCCUAUUUGGCCCGAGCAGGAAAACAUGAAUUUCUCAAUCUCCUUCCAGAUAUUGAAGAAAUCCGCCCAGGCUCAGUGGUCUCGAAGAAGGGAUACCUGCAUUUCAAGGAGCCGCUUUCCAGCAGCUGGGCCAAGCAUUUUGUCGUGGUCCGUCGCCCCUACGUCUUCAUCUAUAACAGCGACAAGGACCCGGUGGAACGUGGCAUCGUUAACCUGUGCACGGCCCAGGUGGAGUACAGUGAGGACCAGCAGGCGAUGGUGAAGACGCCCAACACCUUUGCCGUGUGCACAAAGCAUCGCGGGGUCCUUCUGCAGGCUCUCAAUGACAAAGACAUGAACGACUGGUUAUAUGCCUUUAACCCGCUCCUUGCUGGCACAAUCCGGUCAAAGCUGUCCCGGAGGUGCCCGAGCCAGCCCAAGUACUGAGAUAAAGGAGGAGAUAAAGGAAGCGUUACCUCUCAUUCUCUCUGUGGUUCUUGAUGGCUGCUCUCGUAUGUAACCUGUGACUUAACUGCUUGCCCUCCUGUCCGACACUUUUUCUACUUUCCUGUCCCCAUCCCCAUGGCUCUGUGCUCUUCUUUUUUCUUGUGCUGAGAAUCUUGUUAGUAGCAUGUGGCCUAACAAAAGGAAAACAGGUUUUUAAAAAUCAGAAAUAACCCCCCCGCCACACACACACACACACCCGGUGAGGAUAUCCACUGAAUUACUUCUUGGUGCACUUUGGCUUCUUUUUGUGUGACGGAUCCCCGACGUGACCAUCAGUGGUGUCUGUCGUCUUUGCACACCUGUCUGUUUUUCAGGGUAACUUCUGUUCUCUGUGAUGUCACUUUAGUUUUCUUGGGUGGCUUAGAGACCAAGGGAGGCGCAUCUGGCCUUGUCGGAGCCUGGGGAAGAAACCUGCCUUUCUCCCGCCCACUGUCUCCCUUGGCCCCGGCCCAGCCCUGCGUUUCCAUAGCGGACAGAGCUGUGGUGAGCGCAGGCGGGGGCAGUUAUCUUCUGAGGCCCGUGACUUGUGGGAAGUAGUUACGGGGUUUUCCUAGAGCAGGAGGACAGGCAGGCCUCUAGGAGACCCAGGACAGUGGCUGCUGUUAGCCCGUGAGAAGGGAUGGACAAAGGAUGUGCCACUGGCCGUGGGGACAGCAAUCAGAGGAUGCAUCACAGCAGGGUUCCUGGGGAGCCCUUUUCUCCUUGGAGAAGGGAGCUGCUCUCCAGGAGCCCUGGGAGCUCUUCUGGGCAUCUGGGAGGGCCACAGCACCGUGUCACGUGCCCGGGUGCCACAGAGGGAGUGCUUCACUUGUCUGUGUGGCCUCAGUGGUCCUUGUGGACAUUAUGACGAUGGUGAUGCUGAACAGCGGCUUGUGAGUGUGGUAACUUGCUUCCAUCAGAGAAACGCAGCUUUGGGCAGAAACUCAGGCAUGUCCUCUGCGUGCAUUGGCCGUUCCCAGUCACUCCAGUGCUCGAGAAAGCAGUGCGGUAGCCAUGCUCGCCGGACCCCCGGCCAAGGCCACCCCACCACCAAACACACGACACAAGAAGGCUGGCGGGGAGCCCGCCCCGUGGUUCUCUGCUUGUCGUCUGCUCCGUGGCUCGAAGAUGCUGCCCACGAAGAAAAGAGAGCUCACGGCCACCACCGAGUCUCCUUUUCCUCCAGCCGACCAAGCCGCUGGCUUAGCCACCUCAGGGGCCGCGCUCUCCUGGCUGCCGUGUGUUUCGCGGGGACCUGGCCUCACGGAGGGCCUGGGCCCUGCAGUCGCUGUGCCCGGGUCUCCGCCCUCUCAUACCACCUCAGCCUGCUCCGGGGUCCCUGCUGCGUCAUCAGGAAGGCCGUGCUCCUGGCCCUGCUCGGGGUGGGGGCUGGGCUGCUCCCCAGUAGAGCUCCUGCGCCCCGCAGUGCCAUCUCUAGGGACCGAGCUCUGGCCCUGAGGCCUGGGCUCCGCAAAGAGGCACGAGGGGCCCCUGGCAGAGGGGGACGGGAUGUCACCAAGAGCUUCACAAAGAGAAAGGGCCAAGUUAGCCAGGCCGAGCCGAAAGUGAGCAGCAGAAACUCUGGUGGAUUUUAUCUGUCUCCCCCUACAACGCAGGUCACUGACUGUAGUGGUCUUCAUUUUCUAUGUGUAUGUGAGGUUUCUGACGUAGCUAGCAGUCUCUCUUCACUAAGACACAAAAUACCCUUCUCACGUCCACUCAGACGUGCUUCCCGGCAGCUCCCUGGGCUGGAACUAAGUCUAAUUUCAGGGAAAUGAAGAUGAAAUUCGAAGUCACUUGUAAAGUCACAUCACUGAGGUUGCUGCUGUUCCGAGGUUAGACCUUGAACGGAAGGGUCCACGUCUGGCAGGGGAGGUGGGACCCUGAGGGAGACUUUCGUGUUUUUCUCUAACACAAACGAAACUGGAUUGGAAAGUCUUUGCUUUGGGGGCUUCUGACAUGGGAGUGGAGCUGGGCCGUGUUCUUGGUGCUGAGGCGGCAGGGCUGUGGGGAGGUGGUGGAAGUGGGUGCGCAGUCAGUCCUGCGGGGCCCUGUGUACGGCCCUCCCUGCGCCCUGCGCCGCAGGGCUAUCAGGAUGGAGGGUGGAGGGUCCAAGCUCCGCUUCGAGCUCCGCUUCGAGCUCCAGGGCAGGGUUCACAGCAGGAAGUGCAGGCGGGGCUGGCUGUAGCCAUGGUGGAGGAAAGUGAAUAAACCUAAUCUUUGAGGGAACCACAUUUUUUUAAAGCACUCCUUUAACCAAACAAGCGUAGAGCCAAAAAACUCUUACGCAAAUUACAGAAAGAUGAGUGUUGGUUAACACUGAUAUCUCCUCCUCCUCUCCACGCGCCACCCUCCUCUCUCCCCGCAGGGCACAGUGUGGCCCCGCAGACAGCCCCAUGCCAGCUCCCGCCUCUGUCUCUGUGCCCGCCGGGGGUCGGCAAGCUCUGCGGCGGGCUGUGUGGGGCCGGCCAGCCUCACGGUCAGGAGCAAGGCCGGGCUGCUGCCGCGCUGUGGGCACCUGGGCUGUGCCUUCAUCAGGAGCAGCCGCUGUCGAGGCUGGGCAGUGUCCUCCCGGUAGAAGCCCCCGUUACCGACACCCCCCAUUGGCUACAUAGCCGUCAUAUUUUGGUUGGGUUUUUCAGCUUGUUUAGAUGAAGGAAAAAAUGAGCCCAUCGUGAAAGGUCUGGGAUCUGAGACAGGACGAACCCUCCUGGCACGUACUCAAAGCGAAGACUGUUGCCUGCUGCUUGUCUAGUUGACGGGGAUGUUUAACUUUGAGAGUUCUGUGCAUAGCUGCACGGCUGUCGUGAACUGCACCCUGGGCCGGCAGAGAACGCACUCACAUGCUGCACCUGCCCGGCUCCCCGGCGGUCUCCGUGCCGGUGCGUGGGUCCCUCCCUUCCCCCGGGUUCCCUUUCUGAAGUGGGACUGUGAGCUUGCUCCUGAGGAGGAGACGCCUCGCUCUGCUGCCACCAGAAGGUUUGCUGAGUGCACUCAAGGCCUCUGGGGUGCGCGCCCCGCCGUCGUGUGUGGAGCGGGUCAGAGGUCGUCAGCGGAGAGGUGGGUCGCUGCUGCUGUUCAAAAGGCCAUUUAUGAAAUUAGCACCCGAGCCCCAGCAGAUCCUGGGGAGCCCCCGGCGGUGAGAGGGAGGAGUGAGCCGGUGCCGCUCCGGUGGUGCGCUUGUCUCGCUCGCACUCCCGCCCCCCGCGCCUGAAUGCGUGGCAGUGGCUGUGGGGACAGGAUGUGCACCUUGAGGAGGGGCUCUAGCCAACCCUGGCUGUCGUGCGUUGUCCCCCAUGUCUUACCAUUUGUCCUUUCCCAUGCUGUGUGUCACCGCGGAACCCCCCAGCCUUCUCGUGUCGCAGGCCUGGUCUCCGCCUCUGUGGCGCUGCAGUGCUUGUCUGUUGUGUGUGAGUCUUGUCCCCAUCCUCACAUGCUGUCACAAGCCCCACGAGCAUAAGUGGCCUUUCUGAACCCGGACUUCGCAGACUGAUCUCUCCCCAGUGAAGGAGUUGAGCACAUUAGCAACAAUGUACAUUAUUAAUUUUGGAUUUUCAUUUUCAUGUUUUAUUUUGUAAAUAAUAUCUGAUGUUUGGAGCUUGAGUAUACACGAUGUAAAUACGGUUCUUGUAUUUGUACUAAUUCGGGUUCUUUUGCUGUAUAGCCCUAGGUGUGCAACGCAGACAUUACCUAACUGUGUAUGGUAACCUUGCAUCACGGAGUUCUUAGUGAACAAGGAAAAAAUAAUAAAGGUACAACAAGUGCA